AAUCGCAGAAGCUGGAGUUUCUUAGAGCGCUGCAUGGGUUUGGACAAACAUUAGGUAUUGGUAAUAUUACUGGACAAAAAUAUAUCGUUAUUGGUGUCCACCAAAGUUUCCAGCACUAGCUACAAGAAAUGAGAUUGAAUGCAUUUGCUCGUUUUUAUUUGUAUUUAUUUUUUUAAAAGUUUCUUACAUUAUAUCCGUGCUUUUUAAAGGUUAUAUCUCAAUUUUUCAAAAGUAAACACAAAAAGGAUGACACUUAAUGCCCCCUCCCUGCCCCCACCCUAUUUAGAACGUUAGCGUUCCAUUACGUAAAAAAUGCAGUACUACGUCAUGAUGCACCGCUUAUAAAUAAUCUGUUUGAUAAGGGAGAAGCAAACACAAACGAUUCGUGAGUGCAUCGUACGUGUUGUAAGAGCAAGUGAAGCUGAAAGACAUUGACAGUGAAGUGAUGGCACCCUCUAUCAAUCUCUUCACCUUCCUCGUCCUGUCCCUGGUGGGGGGCAGCUCUUCAUGGGACGAAGCUUCUCCUUGUGGAUCCGGCUCCAUCCUGACAAGGCCCUACACGGCCUUGUGUGAGCUGGAUGCGGUGUGGGGCUUGGUGGUGGUGGUGGCGGCAGCGGCGGCGGCCCUCGCCUCGCUGAUCCUGCUCCUGGUGGUACUGUGUCGCCUGCGGAAGAUCACAGAGGCUGAGGAGCGCAGCGGGGUGGCGCCGCUACUCCUGCUGCUCGCAGCCAUAUUUGGGCUUUGUGGCCUCAGCCUGGGAUACAUCGCUGAGCAGCAAGAGAGCCUCUGCUUCGCCCGGCGUGUCCUGAGGGGGGUGUUGCUUGCUAUCUGCAACACAUGCCUCGUGUUUCAUGGUCUGCGACUGCGCCGGUUGGGACAAGGUGCUCAUAGCCCCAGCACAGGUCAACUGAUGGGGCUGGCGGUGGCCUUGGCCGUGUUGGAUCCGGAGUGGAUCCUUCUAGCCACGAUGUCCACAUGCCAGCCAGCCUGUGAAUACCAGCCGCUGGACUUUGCGCUGGCCACCACUUAUGUGCUGGUCCUGCUCCUGGCAGCACUGGUGGGGGCGGCCUGCAGUCUGUGGAGGCAGCAGCCACGGUGGAGGUGCAGGACCACGUGGCUGCUCAUCACCUGCCUGGCCUCAGUCCUGCUGUGGGUGGCCUGGAUCACCUUCUGCCUGUAUGGCAACGCGGCGCUUGGCCUGUCCCCAACAUGGGACAACCGGGUACAGGCAGUGGUGCUGCUGGCACAGGCAUGGCUGCUCAUACUGCUGCACGCUGCUCCUGAGGUCCACGCCACCUUACGGCCCCCGUCCCGCAUGAGAGAGGCCAAUUUAGAGGAGGGCCUUUCUCACCUGUAGUUUGGAGCAAACCGGGACUUCGUGUUCAGUGACAACAACUCAGGUGCCCUCCCCAGCCCCCAGGAAACAUUACAUUUUAAAUAAAUAAUAUAUAUAU